ACAUAAUCCUCCAACUCUAGUUAAAGUUCACAAGCAUUGUAUCAAUCCUUAGCCAUGGUUCCACAAUCUGUGAGCAGAAAGAGCUCAGGACUGAUUGUGGAGGUCUGCUUUAAGGAUAGAGAUGACCCACGGUGAGCGUUCUGGCAAGAGGAGACGAAGGGGUCUCUCCAGGCCUCCGUCCUCCAUGCCUGCUCCUGCAGGCUUCACUCGACUGGAGCAGAAUGAGCCUAUGAACACUCUGCGUAUCUCUGUCGGAGGCCUCCCUAUGUUGGCUUCCAUGGCCAGCACCACUGACCCUCGUUUCCGCCUUAAAUGGAGGCCCAUUGUGGCCGUGGCGUUCUCCCUGGCUGUGCUGCUGCUGCUCUUCAUCCACUUAAGUAUGGGUUUGCGCUCCCGCUCCUACGACUCCCACAGCUGGGGACCCAGUCACAGUGACACCCAGUGGUCCGAUUCCCAUUACAACGACACCUACCCUCUCAGUCGACCUGAGCAAACGCCACAGGGCACCCGCUACCGCAUUGGGGUCAUUGCCGAUCUGGACACAAGCUCUCGUAGUGACAAAAAGCUGACGUGGUUCAGCUACAUGCGGCGAGGGCACCUGUUGGUGUCCCAAAGUGGCGACAAGGUAUCAGUUGAAUGGGAUGCGGACAGGGUGGUGCUGGAAAGCCACCUUUCGGAGAAGGGCAGGGGUAUGGAGCUCUCGGAGCUGGUGGUGUUCAAUGGGAAGCUCUACAGCGUCGAUGACAGGACGGGCAUCGUCUACCAAAUUGACGGUGACAAGAUUGUGCCCUGGGUCAUCUUACCUGAUGGCGACGGCAGCGUUGCCAAAGGGUUCAAAGCCGAGUGGCUGGCAGUCAAGGACAAGCACCUGUAUGUCGGCGGUCUGGGGAAAGAGUGGACCACCACGCAAGGCGAGUUUGUCAACAACAACCCAGAGUGGGUCAAAGUCGUGGGCUUCAGAGGGGAUGUACAACAUGAGAACUGGGUUCCCAAGUACAAAUCUCUCAAGUCUGCCGCAGGGAUAGAGCCUCCAGGGUAUCUCAUCCACGAGUCCGCAGCGUGGAGCGACAUCCUGCAGCGCUGGUUUUUCCUCCCUCGCCGCGCCAGCAAGGAGCGCUACGAGGAGACGCAAGGCACGAACCUCGCCCUUAGCUGCUCGCCAGAUUUCAAGGACAUCAUUGUAAGUCGAGUGGGUCCGCUUAACCGCACUCACGGAUUCUCCUCCUUCAAGUUUGUCCCCAAUACAGAUGACCAGAUCAUCCUGGCUCUCAAGUCAGAGGAAGACGCCGGAAAGAUCGCCACGUACAUCAUGGCCUUCACGCUUGACGGACGCAUCCUUUUACCCGAAACCAAGAUCGGGGAUGUAAAAUAUGAGGGCUUGGAGUUCAUAUAGACUGAAAGACUCGUUCUUGAGGCCACUGCACUGUUUUAUUUUGUUUACGAUCCAGUCACUGUUGAAGUUACUGUACUCGCUGCUUCCUCAUUGAGACACAACUCCAAUCCUCAAAGGAUCGCCUUCAUUGCAAAUAGAAGCUGAGACUGUAAAAUAUGGUGGUCUCGUUUCGGGGUUUUGAGAAAGUGCCAGCCAACACAAACAAUGCCAGUACGUCUGGUAGGGGGAUCAUCUCCUUCCUAGGACAAAUGUGGCCCUUAAGAGUACUGUAGCCUUUCUUAUUAUGAAUGUACAAAUGAUUGAUUUAUCCGACUGUGAUUUCUUUUCUUAAAACACACAGGUUCAUGCACAUACUGUACACUCUCAAAAGGUCAAAGGUUUUUUUUUUCCCUUUGCUCCAUGUUAAACAUUAUUCUGUACACAUCAAACAUGUUUUCAGCGGAAUAACAAAAGGUCUGUUUUUAUCCUACAUAAAACAAUAUUUGAAGGAUAUUUUGGUGAAAAAUUAAUGAUGUAAUGUUUUGGGUGGGAUUACUUCUUUUAGUAAAAAUCUUGAUUCCUA